AUGUCAUCGACUACGUUGAAAUGUAAUGUGUGUAAUAUUGUGAUUGAUGAGCUUCUGGCUUAUAUACAGAACAAAAUCUCGGUGUCCGACGAGGAAACCAUAGUGAAGAUAUGUGCAUCAACAUUUGCGAGUGAACAAAUAGAAAAAUCAAACAAGUUGCUGCUCGAAUCCCUACCCGCUGAACUGAGGAAAUCAAAUAGAAAAGGAAAGGUCCCGGGUGCAGGAAUAAACUUGAAGAGCGGCGCAUACCGUGACCGCUCGCUCAUUUAUUUAAAAAGUAAGCAUGAUACGGCCGUUGAUGAUAAAUGUGGCAAUCAAUUUUUGGAUCACGAAGCAAUUAAUACGUCACAUAAAAAAUUCACCAAUUUAAAUUACGGUGAAGGUAGAAAUAUGCCGAUACCGUGGCCGACUCAAAAGGAUCGCUGCGAGUCAGCCGAAAGUAAACGAGCGCGGCCGAGCUCGGCCGACGGCUGA